AACCCGAGUACGAGUAGGACGACCCCAAUCCAAAUCCCUCUUCCCCUUCCCUUCUUCCCCGUCCCAUCUUCUCCCAGUACGCGGAAACCCCGCCUCGCCUCCCACCCACCCACCGCCGGGGACCAGCCUUCCGCCGCCGCCGUGCUUCCAGGCUUGUCUCUAGUUAAUUCGGUUAUUCAAGUAAAAAGAAAAGCAUGAGCUACUUCCAAGCUACAACUUGCAAGCCUCAUAGUGGGCUCAUUGUGGACAGACCCAUAGUGGGCCUUGGGAAGACCUGCAGAUUACUACCUGUUGCACAGUGUUCCCUACGGUCGCGUGCUCUUGGACUCCGCAAGCUUGAAAAGCAAAUCUACCCAAGGCUUGUUAUUGUUGCUGCCAGCCACAAAAGGGUUACUCCUGUCUAUGCCUCGAGCGGAAAAUGGAAUCCUGAGAUUGACAAUGAUACCUUUAUGGAUGAUUUGAACAAGGCCCUGGCUGAUGCAAAAAAGCCACGACCCAUACAAGAUGUGCUGAAAGAGAAACUCGCAAUGCUGAGAGAACAAGCAUCUGGUGGAGGUGGAGGAAAUGGAAACAGGCGUGGAGGCAAUGGUGGUUCCGGUGGCCCAGAAGAUGAAUCAUUCAAGGAAUCAUUGGAUGAAAUAGUCCAAGUUAUCUUAGCGACUGUUGCUUUUAUACUUGUGUAUAUUCAUAUUAUCAGAGGCGAAGAGCUGUACCGUCUUGCCAGGGACUACACUAGAUAUCUUGUCACUGGUAAGCGAACUGCCAGACUGAAGCGUUCCAUGCAACAAUGGCGCAAUUUCUCAGAGAAAUUCAUGCAAAACGACGGCUCUCAAGAAGAGCGGUACGAGAGGCCAGCCAGUUCCGAACCCAUGUGGUGGCAACAGCCUCAGAAGUUUGUUCAUCUUAUGGAGGAGCUUUGCAGAGGAAAUUGGCGCCCUCAUGCCCAGAAGUCUUAGUUCUGGCAUUCCAUUGUCCUUUUUUGACACUUCAAAGAAUAUGCGGGCGUAGGUGGGAUGGGUACCAGUUGCACGGCUGGUGCAAAAAUUCUACAUGGAUGGAGCUUCUUGCUGGGGCAGAUGUCUUGUUCUUUGUUCUUUUAAAGCGUACAUGUGUCUCUAUCUGGUUUGUUAAGUAUUUGAAUGUGGGCAGGUUUUUGGCAAUUUUGUAGUUGAUGAGACUGAUUAUUAUGAUGGUUAGCCUGGUAAUCAGAUGUAGGUGAUAACUGUUCACCUAUUUUGCGAUGGAUUAUAACUGUAAAAGCCAUAUGAAGAACCUAGUGGCAAAAAUGGAGAUUGCUCUAA